GGGCGGAGUCAAGAUUGGGGGCGGAGCCGACGCCUCGGUCCGCUGCAGAGCUCUCCAGAGCUCCCGCCGCUGCGAUUCGAUCCCGGACCCGGGCCACCCACGGGGAGGUGGGCGCUCUUUGGCCCUGGGCUCUGAAAAGCCCUGAAGGCAAGACUGACUGGAUGCUGUAUCCCCCGGGGCUGACCCCCGAGGCUCUACUAUGGACGGCGACAGCGAAGUGGAUUUUUCCAGCAACAGUUUAACCCCUUUGUGGCGAAGGCGGUCAACCCCUCAGCCCCAGCUGCUGGGCCGAAGCAAGCCGCGGCCCCAGUCCUACCAGAGCCCCAGCGGGUUGCUGAUCACGGAUUUCCCGGUGGAGGAUCUAGGGACGCUCCCCGCGGCUCAGACUCCUGCCCAGGUGCCCACUGCCUCCGACGGCAGGACGGUCCAGAGAAGCCCACUGCUUCUGUGCGCCCACCGAGGGGCAAUAACCAACGGGAGGACCGUCUCCCCGGAGUACAGAGCUGUCUCUCCUCGGCUCCGACGGCCUAAGUCACCCCAGGUCCCCAAAGCGGCGUCGGGUGGCUCCCCUAAAUCUACAGCCAACGGCACGGUGACCUCGCCUGCGCCGCAGCUGCUGCACCCACUGCGGACUCAAGCGCCCGCCCCCUGCAGCCCCGAGGGGAACACAGCCGGAUUCCCCGCCAGCCCCCUGCCUUCGCCUACUACAAAUGGGCUUACCCCUUACAUUGCCUCCUCAGGCGCCCGUUCGCUUCCCGGCCAGGUGGCUAAGGACCCUGAGCGGGGACCCUCAAGACUUUCUCCUGUGCCCCAGAACAGGUCUUUGGAACAAAAACUACCCCUCCAAAGGCUGCCCUCACAGGAGAACGAGCUCCCGGAGAAUCCUUCAGUGGUUUUGAGCACAAACAGCCCCGCCGCCCUCAAAGUGGGGAAGCAGCAGAUCAUUCCGAAGAGCCUGGCCUCGGAGACUAAAAUAAGUAAAUCCAACAGUCAGAACGUGGAGCCUCACAAGAGGCUGCUCAAGGUGCGCAGCAUGGUGGAGGGUCUUGGAGCGCCCCUGGGCCCCGCAGAGGACGAGGGCGAGGCGGAGAACGAUGUGGACAGCCCGGGGUCUCUGCGGAGAGGUUUGCGGUCCACGUCGUAUCGCAGGGCAGUGGUCAGUGGCGUUGAUUUUGACAGUCCUACCACCUCGAAGAAGAAGAACAGAAUGUCCCAGCCUGUUCUGAAAGCAGUGAUGGAAGACAAGGAGAAGUUUUCCAGCCUGGGGAGGAUAAAGAAAAAAAUGCUGAAAGGACAAGGAACAUUUGAUGGGGAAGAAAACGCUGUCCUGUAUCAGAACUACAAAGAAAAGGCCCUUGACAUUGACUCUGAUGAAGAGUCGGAGCCCAAAGAACAGAAAUCGGAUGAAAGAAUCGUGAUUCACCAUAAGCCGCUGAGAUCUACGUGGAGUCAGCUCUCAGCGGUGAAAAGAAAUGGAUUAUCUCACACGGUUAGCCAGGAGGAAAGAAAGAGGCAAGAGGCUAUCUUUGAAGUCAUAUCCUCUGAACAUUCAUAUUUACUGAGCUUGGAGAUCUUGAUACGAAUGUUUAAAAAUUCUAAAGAACUGAGUGAUACAAUGACCAAGACAGAGAGUCACCAUCUUUUCUCCAAUAUUACAGAUGUCUGUGAGGCAAGCAAAAAAUUCUUCACAGAGUUGGAAGCAAGACAUCAGAAUAAUAUCUUCAUAGAUGACAUAAGUGACAUUGUGGAAAAACACACAGCGUCCACAUUUGACCCGUACGUGAAAUACUGCACAAAUGAAGUCUACCAACAGCGGACACUACAAAAAUUGUUAGCCACCAACCCAUCUUUUAAGGAAGUUUUGUCCCGAAUCGAGUCCCAUGAAGACUGUAGGAACUUACCCAUGAUCUCUUUUCUCAUUCUCCCUAUGCAGAGGGUGACCCGCCUUCCCCUGCUGAUGGACACCAUCUGUCAAAAGACACCUAAGGACUCUCCAAAGUAUGAAGUCUGCAAAAGGGCCUUGAAGGAAGUAGGCAAGUUGGUUCGACUCUGCAAUGAAGGAGCCCGGAAGAUGGAAAGGACUGAAAUGAUGUACACGAUUAACUCCCAGCUGGAAUUCAAAAUUAAGCCUUUUCCUCUAGUCUCCUCUUCCCGGUGGUUGGUAAAGAGGGGUGAGUUGACAGCCUAUGUAGAAGACACUGUGCUUUUCUCAAAGAGGACGUCCAAACAGCAAGUCUACUUCUUUCUCUUUAACGACGUGCUCAUCAUCACCAAGAAGAAGAGUGAAGAAAGUUACAAUGUCAAUGAUUAUUCUUUAAGAGAUCAGCUACUGGUGGAGUCUUGUGACAGUUGGGAGCUUAAUUCUUCUCCAGGGAAGAACAGUUCGACGAUGCUGUAUUCCAGACAGAACUCUGCCAUUCACCUCUUCACGCUGACAGUCCUUAGUAACCACGCGAACGAGAGAGUGGAGAUGCUGCUGGGAGCUGAGACGCAGAGUGAGCGGGCCCGCUGGAUAACCGCCCUAGGACACAGCAGUGGGAAGCAGCCUCCAGAUCGAACCUCACUGACCCAGGUGGAAAUCAUUAGAUCGUUUACUGCCAAGCAGCCAGAUGAGCUCUCCCUGCAGGUGGCAGAUGUGGUCCUCAUUUAUCAACGUGUCAGCGAUGGCUGGUAUGAAGGGGAGAGACUGCGAGAUGGAGAAAGAGGCUGGUUUCCUAUGGAAUGUGCCAAGGAGAUAACAUGCCAAGCUACCAUUGAUAAGAAUGUGGAAAGAAUGGGACGUUUGCUGGGACUGGAGACCAAUGUGUAGCCUCUCCCAUGGUAUUUAGUUACUGCACAUUUGCACUACAUCAUGGUGGGCUGGUUGGUUCAGGGCUGGUUUUAAUUUUAACACAGCCUAUUUGUUAAAAGAAUGGAAACACUUGCCUUUAAGCUUGCCAGGUGGUCCUGUUCUCUCAGAGGAACAGCUACUGGAUCCAGGUAGCCAAACUCACUUUGUGCACAGCGCUCCUUUUGCAGAAGGUAAACAGGACAGCUGAGCUGGCCACUUCAGGGGUCAGGCAGCCUCAGCUCCUGGUCGCACCAUGUUCUGGCAUAAAAACAAAACGUAUGUAAGACGCUGUGUCCUGGUUUUCUCCAGCUUCACUUCACCCCUCUUUCAAUAUCGCCUUCAUGUGGUUCUUCCAGUGUUAGCAGGGUUUUAUGUCUUUAAGGAAUGCCCACUUCUGUAAAUAUUUUCUGCCUCAUAUUUCAGACCUGAUCCUAAUGCUGUCUUCAUUUCAGGAGGAACUGGUAGAGUUCUCAAGGUGAGCUAAGUUUUUCUAAAUCUUUCCCUGGGAAAGAGAAAUUGACACUUGAAUUUUUGCUGCCUCUUUCCUCAUUAGAAGGGAAAGUAUGGAGUCUAUAAGAUUUUUUUUUAAUCCAUCUCACCCAAUAUUGGUCUUAGAUAAGUAUAGCCUAAUAAAAACUAAGCUACUCUAACAACAUAGAAUUUAGAUGGUUCAUGCAUGUAAGAAAAUCCUAAAUCUAGGACAGAGGUUCUACUUUUAAAAAAUAGUCCCCAAUGAGCUGGUAAACUGACGUGAGGCUGAUUUGCCUUCAAGGUUUUUGACUGUUCUCCCAUUUCCAAAAGGAAAUUGGCUGAAACACACUUUUAACAAUUUAACGAUCUCAAGGAAGAUAAAAUUGGGCCUUAAAAAGUAUCAAGCCAGCAUGGUACCUAAAUGAAACAUAACAUUUUGACCUUAAUGGAAACUCCGUAUGAUUUGGAGCCUCUUUUAAUGGCAGGUGUCUGCAGAACUUUAUUUCUCCCACUAGUGCCAGGAGAGAGAAAAGUCAUUGUAAUAGUACAUACAUUUCGUAAGGAGGGAAUGCGGGUUUGGGAGACUUAGGGAGAUGGAGUGAUGGUUCCUGGCAGCUACGUUCCCUCUCUGGCUACUCCGUUCUCUUCCACAGAGGGGGGCAAACCUGGCAAAGGAGGGUACAUCAGUCAGGGACUCAGAGCCACGUGUGACAUGCCCCAGAUGCUGUCUGCCAGCCAGUUACCUGCUUGUGAGUAACGUGGCAGAAGGGAGUUGAGUGUGCCAGGCUCGCAUGCUCUGUCCCGUCACCACAGCACUGAGCCCAUGAGGGGGGCACCUGUGGCCUCCUCCGUGGAUUGCUCUUCUUACCUGUGCACACAUUUCUGAGCUCCUUGAGGGCUGGGUCAGUCCGUCAGUGAAGAACAGCAGUGGACACAUAGCAAGCGAGGUCUCGGGGCUGGUAAAACAAGAACUCUUGUUUCCUCUUUGAUGUCAGGCCUUUUAGAGGAAAGGCUAACAAGUUAUAAUCUGUGAUGUCAUUUAGGAAGGAAGGUAAAUGUGUUGCUUGCAAAAGGAUCAUUUCGUAUUAUUUUUGCUAACAGCCUGUUGAAACUAAAAAGCAGUUAUGCAAAUCCUGUGAAUUAAUUUAUAAGUAGAGAUGUUACACAGUUCUGGAAAUAUGUGCAUCUUAUAAGUCAAAGCCUAUUUAGCAAGCAAGUUAGUACUGUUGUUAGAUGAAGUGUUUUACGGCAGACAUUAACACUCACCGUGUUCCCUUCUGCCGUGAACUGUCGUUUUUACAUGACACAGUAUUGUUUUUCAAACUAGUUGUUUCUAGGAAUAGCUUCUCUGAACUGUACAAUGACUUCAUUCAGUGACCUGUGGAGAACAAAAAUACUCAUCUGUGUCCCAAUGAAUUGAGACUGCUUGUACACUUUUGACAAAUAUGUGAAUUUAUAAAGAUUUUGUAUAUAC